UGUUGCACGAGGUUGUUGCUACUUGGAAGAGUUGCGUUUUGUACACAGAGAUCUAGCGUGUCGCAAUUGUUUUAGUAUCUUCGAGAAAUCGCGAGAAUCGUGUCAUCAAAAUUGGAGAUUUUGGAAUGGCUAGAGAUAUCUACAAGGAUGAUUAUUAUCGCAUGAAAGGAGAAGGUUUGUUUCCUAUUCGCUGGAUGGCACCCGAAUCUUUGGUGAUCGGAAUAUUUACUUCUCAAAGCGAUGUUUGGUCAUUUGGGGUAUUAAUAUGGGAAAUUACAUCGUUGGGUGAGCAACCUUAUACUGCCAAGACUGAUGAAGAAGUGAUAAAUUAUGUACGUGCUGGAGGCAGGUUGCCGAUGACUCUUAACUGUCCGCCAACGUUGUACCAAUUGAUGAUGCGUUGCUGGAGUACAGCGGAUGCCAGACCAAAUUUUAAACUUUGUCUGAAAAAUAUUAUAGCAUUAAGAGAGAACAUGAAAGAUGCCUUACUGAGUCCAGUCGAUAUUAUUUAG